GGGGGACCAACACAAUUUUAGGAAGGUGGUCAUAAUGUUAUGCCUGAUCGGUGUAGGCCUCCAUUGUCGCUGUAGCUUCAUGCAUUCCGGUCUGUUGUGUUUAUGCAGAUUUUCUUCAACUACCUUGUGAAUUGAUAGCAUAUCUUGAAAACUAGAGUCAACAAUCAAAAAAUUUUAAGCAUCUUUUUCUUUCUCAGUGACCCAGAAUUAGUAAAGUUUGACUACAUUUAUUUCAGCAACAUUUUGGCUGUAGACCAGAGUAGACAGUUGGAUGUAGUUCACGUGUGUUUACCACAUGGGGGCGCUAAUGUAUAUAUUUUGAAUGUGUGCCAGUAUAUAGGCCUACUAUUUCAGCGGUAGACCUGUAUGGUGAACGUUAUUUCACCAAGUACGUUUUCCUGGAUCAACAUCUGUGUUGAUCAUGGAACAACAUUCCAAUCAACCAAUCAGAUUUGAGGGACAAGUUUACAGUUUUUAUCAAGUUUAGUCUUACAACAAGGGUUAGGGGUUUCUGCACCAUUCUUAUUCACCUAUCAUUUAUCUCUGAUUUUAGGGAUAAGUUAUGGGUAGGAUUAGCACUAAUGUUUUAUUUCGUAUUUGAAAAUCGAAAUAAAAAAUCACGGUGACCUAGUUGAUGACCCAGUUGGCAAAACAACAAAGAAGUAACUACGAGGUAUGUCACAGUAAUAGGGUGUCCUAGAACAAAAUUGGGGAGACAUACAAUCACUUUCGAAUCAUAUUUUAUUCAUUACUGCAAUUUAAAUGCACGCGUAGCUAUAAAACAGAUGUGUGCAAUGUGACAGAGUCAGUAGCUUGCAUGCACUAGAUCGGAUUUGCUGUGGACCAUAAACAAGUAGGCCUAUUAUAUAAUAAUGCCAUUAUAGUCAAUAAAUGACGAAUUAUUAUAAUUAUCAAAUUAUUUAUGUUGUGACAUGCCAGUUUUUUUUUUUUUUUUUUUUUUUUUUUUUGUAGGUCUAUCAUCAUCAUCAUUAAAACCUUUUUAGUAGCCUAACAUUUUAGAAAAUACAAAGACAUUUAUUUUAGCCUACUCAAAACAUUUAUUUAUACCUAAAUAAUUAUUGUAUUUUUAAUAUCAGGGAUUUUCAAGAUAAUGUAAUUGCUGCAACAAAUCCUUCUGCUGUCCGCUGACUGGCCAGAAGUGUCCAGGAUUCUAAUUAAUAUUAAUCAGCCUCGCCAGCGUUUCUUGGUAACCUUGUAAUCUCAUUAAUGUUAAUUAACAAAUUCUUCCCCAUAGUAUGAUUCGUUGCGCCUACCUACCAACGUCUGUUAUCCAUUACGCUUAUGAUCACGCUUCACGUUUCUUUAUUAAUAUUUAUAAGCAAGAAAUCGUAAUUUUGAACUCCGUUGACCAAUCACAUGAGAUGUAAAGUCUGACGUCAUGUAUCCUAGGAGAUUUUUCCCCUUUGCCUUUAAUGCCGUGGCCUCUGAUGCUCUGCGCGCGCUCCUGAGCAAAUCUGUGCCGGUUGCCUGGUCAACCAAAUGCGCGUGCCCCUGCAAGCUGGUGUCGGGGGCGCGCAGUUGGGGGACUUAGUGGAGGAGCUCGGCCAAAAAUGAAUUAGACACGAAGCUGGAACAAAUUAUGAUUCUGGAUUUGGUUUAUUUUGCCCGUUCUGUGUAAAUAUAGAUUAUAAUGCAUUAUUUUAACCAAGCAAAUGACUUUGAAGGGCUGUUUAUACAAACUCAGCAGCACUGAGGAUGAAGAAUAUGAUAACGAGGACCUGCUGUCACUCCUCUUAUGAACGCUGAAAUAUAUUUGAAGAGGAAUUACACUUUUUGCAUCUCUGUUUUGGCGAUUUAAGUUUAUAAGACUGAUAUUAAAUGCAGUUUGGUCAUGUUGUAGCAGUAGGGAUUCUGGGUGCCUUUUGCACAAUUUAUAAAAUAUCAGAACUUAUUUAUUAUAAUUUUUUGGAUUUUUGAAUUUUAACACCCGUGACCUGUACAAGAAAUCAUUUUUUUCUUAUUUAAAGUUUUUUUUGUUUAAGUAGAAAGAGGGGGUCUUCUGGAUUUUAUCUGUUAGAAAUUGGGUUGAAUUCAUUGGACCCGAAGAGUUGGAUUAUACUGACGCCUUAAACAUGUAUGCAGGACGAAAAAGAAGAAAACCAGUGCAAAGAACGGUGAAGCAGCCCCCAACUGAAGGGGUGAAGUCUAACCCGUCCAAACGCCAUCGAGAUCGGUUAAACUCCGAAUUAGACCGGCUGGCCAGUCUCCUUCCGUUUCCUGAGGAGGUCACGAGCAGCCUGGACAAACUCUCCAUCCUGCGUCUGAGUGUCAGUUACCUGCGUGCUAAAAACUUCUUCUCUGUUGCACUGAAAAACCACAACUGCAAUGGUUUGUCGGCAAACAACAGUAACCGUGACAACAGUAAAGCAACAGUUGAUGGCUGGCUGCAUGAGGGAGAGCUCCUACUACAGGCGCUUAAUGGCUUUGUGUUGGUGGUCACUGCCGAGGGGAUCGUUUUCUACUGUUCUCACACCAUCCAGGAUUACUUAGGAUUCCACCAGACGGAUGUGAUGCAUCAAAAUGUGUUUGAACUCAUUCAUACUGAGGACCAGCAGGCCUUUAGACACAACUUGCACUGGGCUCUGAACCCACCUCCAACCAGCACACAGACAGAAGAUUCCUCACAAGAUGGAGAUCCUGCCCCAAGUAUGUCUCUGGUGAUGUGCAACCCUGACCAGCUGCCUCCAGAAAACUCCUCUUUCCUGGAGAGAAAUUUUGUCUGUCGUUUCCGAUGCCUCCUAGACAAUUCCUCUGGAUUCCUGGCCCUGAAUCUUCAAGGGCGUCUGAAAUUCCUGCAUGGACAGAACAGGCGAUUGGAUGAUGGAGGCCAAAUGCCACCCCAGCUCGCCCUGUUUGCCAUAGCAACACCCCUACAGCCUCCUUCCAUAAUGGAGAUCCGAACCAAGAACAUGAUUUUUAGAACCAAACACAAGUUGGACUUCACCCCAAUGGCCUGUGAUGCUAAGGGUAAAAUCGUUCUUGGCUACACAGAGGCUGAGCUGCGAGUUCGAGGUUCUGGGUACCAGUUCAUCCAUGCAGCCGAUAUGCUCUACUGUGCCGAGAACCAUGUCAGGAUGAUCAAGACUGGAGAAAGCGGUCUGACUGUCUUCAGACUGCUUACAAAGGACAACCGUUGGAAAUGGGUACAAGCUAAUGCUAGACUUGUCUACAAAAAUGGCAAGCCUGACUACAUCAUUGCCACACAGAGGCCGCUUGUAGAAGAAGAGGGUGGAGAGCAUUUGAGGAAGCGAUCUAUGCAUCUUCCGUUCACCUUUGCUACUGGAGAAGCUAUGCUGUACCAAAUCAGCUACCCCAUGCCAGGCUUCCCCGACACCCUUCAGGGCAAAGGCAAGAACAGCAAAGCCAAAAAGACCAAGGUGGACAAAAGCUCAAAGGAUGAUGUGGACCCAAGUUCUCUGCUGGGAGCCAUGAUGAGACAGGACGAGUCUGUUUACGUUUGCCAGCCUGCUCUGGAGCCUAGAAUGUCAUUCCACAGCAGCCUCUUCAGUGAGCAAGGAGAGACAAACACUUUCUCUUCUUCGGAGAAUGAAAGUUGGAAUCCAGUUCAGAAUGUUGUAACUGCGGUCUCCAAACAGGAGCCAUCAAGUUUUGACCCACUACUGGCAACAUUAGAUUCUCUGUCCCUGGAAAAUGAGGAAAGCUGCUCUAACAGUGAGCUAUUCAGUGCCCUGGAAAAUCUUGGACUCAACGCAGAGGACUUGGAGUUGCUGCUUCUUGAUGAGAGGAUGAUUCAGGUAGAGAUGGAACCGGAUUACAUCCCAUCUCUGAAUGAUCUUCUCACGAACAAUGAAAUACUGUCCUACGUUCACGACUCACUGGAGAACCGGAUAGAGGACUCAACAGAUGCUCAAAGCCCUGCCACAGUAUUAGAUUCGGUAGAACCCCUUAAGCCAUGUUCUGCUUCCGAGUCAGCUCCUCAAGUUACUUCCUCACUGCCUGCUCCUCACGUCCCUUUCUGGCCACAAAAGCAGAUAGCACCCAUAAUUCAUCUCUCACAGCGUAUGCAGCAACAUGUCAAUGGCCAGUCAGUUUGCCACAAAUCCGAGAGCUGGAUCCAGGCACAUAUUCCUCAGGUGUCUACAACAGACUCUGAGACUACUACUUUUAACCAGCAUGAUACAUUGUUGGUGAACUCGGUACCAGUUGUACACAAUGGUCACUGGGUCUCUGAACACAAACAAGCCAACUUGAACUCUCAACUUGGUGACAAGAUAACAGGCACUAGUAAAGCACAGCCACAGCAAUGGCAGCACAGCCAGUUACUCGUCCCAUUCCAGUAUAAACAGAAAACAGUUGAGGGUAGUGACACCCCUCCCAACGGGGUCUACAAUGAUCCCCAGUGGCAUGGAUACAACUUCACAGACCAAUUGGUUACAAAUGGACUUUGUUUUCCCAAUGGCCAAAAGGCACACACACAGACAUUGAGUACCCAUGUUGACUGCAAUAUGACUGACAAUUCAGGGGUGGAUUUUACAAUGAACAGCAGUUCAGCUGUGGAUUUAGGGCCGUUCCAGGCAGCCAUGGCCUCGUCUUCGUCCUAUCAGCAGGGAUAUCAGAAACAGCAGCAGCAGCCAAAGGUCGCACCCACUUAUUACGCCUCCUAUACCAAACAGAACUCCUCUCUAGAGCAUAUCCUGGGAUUAGCCACACCUUCAAACCUUCCCUCAUUGACAGAUUACGGCUCUGAACUGACCCAUGACACCACCCACAGUAAGAUGGAGACGGAUUUUAUAUUCAACUCCACUAGUGUGGCUUACACAGGAAGUUGUUUGGUUCCCAAUGGCAAUGCAGUAGCCACACCCAGCAACAGUCCCCACCCCCUUCCUGAGCCACUCCCACCUCCCCCAGAGCCUCAGACCACUGGUUUCUACCUCUGAACACACUUAGUAAAGAUAAGUCCGUACAGAGAUGCUAUGAAUCACGGGAAGACUGUCAAACAAAACAUAAAAAAGACUUGAUUUCCUUACCAACUUGAAUUACAAUAAUUUAAAUUCAAAUGAGCCAGAUUGACCUCUGGAAUAUCAAAUACUCCACCCAACAUAAUGUGAGAGCAUUCUCAUUUAUAUUAUUUCCGAUUAUGUUUGGAUUAUUUCUGUGAGUGUUGUUAUUUACUGCUGCUUUGUGAGAUUUUUUUUUUACAUUUUUGGCAAAUGUAGUUGAUCACAAUUUGAGAUUGGACAUGUAUUUUUGUGCAUAUGCACGUGUGAGUGUUUGUGACGUCAAUCGCAAUCAUUGGGCCUCAUUCAAUGAACACGAGCAGCACAAAUUUGUGUAAAUCGUUCAUAAAAAUCAUGCUUGCGUGACUAAAAAUCACACUGAGAGCAUAUGCAACAUAUAGCUCUUGCAAAACUGAUUGUCCUGAAACGCAGUAAAUGACUUUGAUGAUUAUAUGAACAGGAGAUUGGGAUGCAUAUUUAUUUAUGAAAAAAGCAAGGGUGUUUCCGACAGUUUAACAGAAAAAAAUAUAUGUGAGAUGUCAAUGAUAAAGCAGUUAGCAGUACGAAAAAGAGUCCUCUGUAGAUGUCACUUGUAGAUCUGAACCCUUCUCGCUAUUACAUUUUGUGAGAUUAGAUUUUGGAAAGAUGAUUCUACAUCAACUUUACAAAUCAACUUACCUUUUAGAUACAGGUGUUCAUGUGUAUAGUGAUUCCAGAACCAACCCAGUCUCACGAGAAAGGCAUAAUAAUUCAAGUUAGUUAACCAAUCUGACAAAGUCAUAAAAUUUGUACAUACAAUUGACUUGUACAUGUUGUAUUGAUUUUAAUUGGUUGAUUUGCCUCAAUUGGAGUAAAAGCCAACAUGUAAUACAUUACAAAUUUAGCAAGGUUAAAUCAUACGACUUGUUUUGUUUUGUCUCAAUUGUAGUAAAAUUUCUUAAAUCAUUUUGUACAUGCCAACUUGUACAAUAUAUUGUGAUUUUUAACAUGGUUAACUAAUACAAAUUAUUAUGCUUUUGACAUUAGACUACUAACUUGUCUGCACAAGAGCAGGUUUCUUUUGUCCAUGAAAAGAGAUUCUGGAAGCUUACAUUUUUGAAUGUGUUGAGUAUAUUGUAAAGCAGUUUUAAAAAAAGAAAAAAAUAUGGUGCUGCAAGGUGUUUAUUGAAUAAUAUUUUUAAUUGUUAUAGUAUUAUGAAGUCACAGAGAAAAUGAACUUCCAGGCCAGCCUCUUUGUUUUUACGUUUCUUUUUUAAAUAAAUAUAUAUAUACUGUAUUUACAGACAUUUCUUAUAAGAGGUACCACUGGCUCGACUAUGGAUUCAAAAUUUCUUUAACACGUAUAUGAGAAAAUAAUAUGACAAUCAUUUACAAAACUGUUUAAAGAGUACAAGCUUGUAAAUAGUCAAAAAAAAUAUUUCAUAUUGUUGUAAGCACUAUUUGAAAGAGCACUGCAACCUAACCAGGUUUUACUUUUUCUCCAGCACAAGAUGUAGGCUUCUAGAGAGAUGUUUUUGGAGUAAAUAUUGUAUAAUUUUUUCAGGUAAUGUGUUCUGUUUGUAUAUUUUAAGAAAAAGUUUUACACUUUAUAUGAAAAUAACAUGGUGCCAUACUGGUAAAUUUUACUUUCCAGAAUUUAAAUGUUUUAAUAUUUGUUUAGAAAUUAUGUCAUCCAUGUCAAUGGUUUGCCAUGUUUUGUUUUGGGUUGUUUUGUUUUUUUUCUUCAUAUUUGAUUUUUUUUUUUUUAUCACAUUCGGAUUUAUUUUAAUAUUCUAACACACUGAAAGUAGCUGAGAUGAUAGGUACAUAUGCAGUUCUGUCUUUUUGUCAUUUGACUGCUUGUUGAAAUGUACAAUUUGGUCCUUUAAUUAAAGAAUUUGUGCAAUCACAACAGGUCUCACUAUUAAGUUCUUCUGAAUCUUAUUUUCAAAUUUUGCAUAUAUUACGUAUUUAACAUUAUUUACAAUUUUCUAUUCCUAUGAUCCCAAUAUUUAUUUAUUUUAUAUUGAAACCAAGGAGUUAUACCUAGAUAAAUUUACAGCAUCUACCAGCACAGGCUAACUGGGCCAAGUUUCCUGUUGCAACAGGACGUUUAGGCUGGACAUAUUGAUGGGUGUGUCCAGACGAACACAGUGUCAUCCAUGAGUCACCAUGAAAUCAGAAUUGACAAUAGCUGUGUCCCAAUUCGAUUUCAUUUAAAGGAUUAGUCCACUUUUAAAU